CAUGGGGGGCCCCGGGCCCCCCGGCUGGGAUGCUCCGUGCAGACCCCCCGCGCCCGCGUUAAAGGAGCCCGGAGAGCGCGGAGGAGCAGCCCCAGCGCCGGCCGAGCGGCCCCAGAAACGCUCUUUGCUGCAGACGCCCAAGGAUCUUCACGCCAUGACUCUGGCUGCUUAUAAAGAGAAGAUGAAGGAGCUGCCUCUCGUCUCCCUCUUUUGCUCCUGUUUCCUCUCAGACCCCCUGAGCAAGCCAGCAUACACAUAUGAAGCAGACACGGUCGACCUCACCUGGUGCGUCAUCUCCGACAUGGAAGUCAUUGAGCUCAACAAGCGCACCUCAGGGCAGUCCUUCGAGGUCAUCCUGAAGCCCCCAUCAUUCGAUGGCAUCCCCGAGUUCAAUGCUUCCCUGCCCCGGCGGCGCGACCCAUCCCUGGAGGAGAUCCAGAAGAAGCUGGAGGCGGCGGAGGAGAGGAGGAAGUACCAAGAGGCUGAGCUGCUGAAGCAUCUGGCGGAGAAGCGGGAGCAUGAGAGAGAGGUCAUCCAGAAGGCCAUUGAGGAGAACAACAACUUCAUCAAAAUGGCCAAGGAGAAGCUGGCGCAGAAGAUGGAGUCCAACAAGGAGAACCGUGAGGCCCAUUUAGCAGCCAUGCUGGAGCGCUUGCAAGAGAAGCAGGUCUGUUCCCAACCUCAGCACGGAAGGUCCCACCCUCACCACCUCCAGCUCCCUCCAAAACAUCCCUUCUGCAAGGAGCUCGCCCAGUGCCCUUCUCCAAACGCCUCAGCUAGCCUUGGGUCAGAGGCAGAGAGCACGAGAUAAUGAAGGACAAUCCGAGCUAACCCCAUCUCCUUGGGGCUCCCGGUCCAUCCCGUCUGGUUGACGUCUACCUCCUAGCUAGAGGGCGAGGACAGUCUGUCCCUGAGUGCCUCCACAGUCCUUAAAACACCCCAGGGGAGGAGAGGACGCUGUUGACCCACCGGUGGUGUCCCUCGGGGGAUGAACCUCACGAACGCCCUCGUGCCUUCGAACCCCUCUGAAGCCGCUGGCCAGCCCGUGGGGACCUUGAAGUCCAUCCAGCUAACGCGUGUCCCCCCCCUCCUUCCCUCCUACCCCCCUCCCACAGGACAAACACGCGGAAGAAGUGAGGAAAAACAAGGAGCUCAAGGAAGAAGCCUCCAGGUAAAGAGGCGAGGGUUGAACUGACAGCUCCGGGGAGGUGGCAGAGGCUGCCGCAGCACAAGGUCGGAUGGUGGAAGGGUGGACGUUCCUCUGCUUUCUUUGUUCGUGAAUGUAAAGAGUUGACCAGUGAAGCCAUCCUAGUCAUUUUGGGGUGGGUGGGGAGGGAGCAGAAGGGAGGGAGCAGAAAGGAGGGAGGGUGGGAGGGAGGGAGCCGGCUUCGGGAUGCCCACCUCCUUGGUGGAUCUCAUGUGCCGCCCAUCAACCAGGUCCGGAGAGACAGCCAAGAGCUGGUGAAGCGGAGGAGGUGACCCCCCCCAGGGAAAAGCUGGAGGGGGACGGAGCAGGUGGGGAGGGAAAGGGGGGGAAAUGUGCGUUGUGUGUGACUUUAAUUUGGUGCUGGGCAGGCAGGGCGGGCAGGCGGGCAUCCCUCCGACUUUGUUCUUCUCCUCCCUCCCAUCCCAUCAAUGGGCAGCGGCAUCUUUUGGUGUCCCUCCCUCCCUUUUUCCCGCCUGGACUCAGGGUCUCUUGCCCAGAGCGGGCAUUAUUUGCCCAUAGACCUUACAGAACCAUUUUGGGGAAGGGAGAGAAGAGAUCCCCUGCCUUGGAGGUGGUCAGAGAGUGAGGCUCACUGGCUCCAAAGGCUUUAUCUGCUGUAGGAGAUGCUGAUGAUCCUUUUCAAGGGAAAAGCCCCGUGACUUCCCAAAAAGCUGCUUUUUUUUUUUUUCGGUAUCAUCUUUGUGGGAACUCUUAGAUGAAAUCCCCUUUUCUGCUUUAGAGCAGCUGGAAAGCCAUUGGCUUCUAGAGGUGGCAGCUCAGAUAAUUAUUGAAGAGAGACUGAGAGCGGGAGAGGAAAACAGGGCAGGGUUGUGGAAACCAUAAUGGAAGGGACAAGGAAAAACAAGAGGGAAAGAGGCAGCAGGCAGUGGUCCCAGUGCCGCGGUGCCCUGGCACCUCACCAGCCUCCAACCCUGAUGCUAGCGGAGGGUUUGGUCUCUGCUAUGGCCACAUAAGGCUUCCCGAGCUCUGAUUCAGGUCUGGAGGGAAUGGCGUCUCUUUACCUGUGCCGCAAGAUGCUCACCCAGACCCCGGAGCCCCAGGGGGGACCAGCCCGGGGAGGGGAACACGGGAGAGGGCAGCGGGUGAAGGAGACGGGGGGGGCUGUUCUAGCUGUGGCACGAGCUGUCCUUUUUUGUAUACAAGUUGUAAAUAAACUGCCUUGGCAUUUCUUUUGUUUUCUCAUGA